UCAGCGUUAAUCAGCGUUAAUCAGCGUUAAUCAGCGUCUUGACUCUCUCUACCCCUCUACAGUCUAUAUAGCUUCGUUUUUUUGCAAGUGGAUUAUCCAGCAGCUUCGAGUCAUUGAAAAUAGCUUUGACAAUGCCGUCCUCCGCUCUCGGUCUCAAAUUCGCCCCGCUAUUACGAACUCUCCCCUCUCGCCGCCGUCAACUAUAUAUCUCCCCCUCUUCCACCUCUCUAUUCCACUCCUCUCCCAUCAUCACCAAAUCAUCAGCCCUCACCACCACCCACAGCCACCGCAACAUCUCCACCACCACAGCCAGAAUGUCCGCUACACCCUACCUCACCGCUCUCGCGGCCCGCCGCACCAUCUACCCCCUCAACAAGAAGUCUCCCAUCCCCGACUCGCGCCUCCGCGAGAUCAUCACCGAGGUCAUCAAGCACGUUCCCUCGUCGUUCAACGCGCAGUCUGCCCGCGCUGUCCUCCUCCUCCACGCUGAGCACGAUAAGCUCUGGGAUAUCCACGCUGAGGUCCUGAAGCCUAUCGUCCCUGCUGAGGGAUGGGCUGCUACCGAGGGGAAGAUCAACAUGUUCAAGGGCGCCUACGCUACCAUCCUCUUCUUCACCCACGCCCCCACCAUCGCCGGCCAACAAAAGGCAUACCCCAUGUACGCCGAGAAGUUCCCCCACUGGGCCGCCCAAUCCUCCGGCGCGCACGAGAUCUCCCUCUGGACCGCCUUGGCUGCCGAGGGUCUGGGAGGCAACCUCCAGCACUACAACCCGCUUGUCGACCAGCGCGUCAGGGAGACCUGGGGCGUGUCCGAGGAUUGGGUUUUGGAUUCUGAGUUGGUUGUUGGUACGCCUGCUGGAGAGGCGGGGGAGAAGAUCUUUUUGCCGGUUGAGGGGGAGAGGCUUUUGGUUUUUGGUGAGAAGGCUUAGAGGGGUUGAGAGUUUAGAGAAAAGAAGCGUUAUUUUUGCAUAGCUUGCGGGUUGGUUAGGGAUUUAGAUUAGAAGGUUUUUGGUCUGGAAUUGACGAUUUAUGUCUAUUUCAAGUUGUGGUUCUCCUUUGAACAAAAUGAUAGUGAAAAUGUGGCCAUAGCAUUCAUUGCUUCACUUCAAAGUGCGACCGAGACGACUGGGA